GACAGAAAACGAAAUGACACCCGUCCGUAUUUAGACUACAGGUCGCCACAGGUAGGAGGGAGAACAAUACCAGGCAGUUGCCCCGCAGCUCUGGGAUAGUUUGUGCUGCAUGCACGUUCACAUAAGGCCGCAAAUUUGCAAGUGCUGCCACCAAGCUACACCAAACGUUAGGGCGUCUUCAGCUACAAUACAGGCUACGCCUGAGAUUCGCCAUUGCGUUUUCACGAGAGAGGCCGCGAAGAGACCAGCAUGGCAGCCGCCCAGCUGUCCGAGAUCAAAGCUGAUCUGACGUGCCCCAUCUGUACCAACGUGCUGAGGGAGCCCAAAGCCCUGCCCUGUCUGCAUACCUACUGCCGCUCGUGUCUGCUGCAGCUCGAGGCUAACGCCUCACAGACCGGGCGGUUUCCAUGUCCGGAGUGCAGGCAAAUGGUGAUCCUUCCGGAGCGAGGUGUCCAGGGUCUGCCUACAAACUUCAUGGUGGCGAACGUUCUGGAAAAACUCCGUCGGGGCGAGCAGCGACGCCACCCGGUGGAAGACGGCGUCUGCGCCCGGCAUAGAAACCUCGCGCAGGCACUGAUGCUCACAGGGCAACAGAUAUCACGGAACAGCUACGGGAACAUCGCUGCUUUAUUAGAAGGCCAUCCACAGGUCGCCCCAGAAGCAGCACUUCCAAACGUGACUAUGCCUGCUGUAGGCAGAAGACAUCAGACGAUUCAGCAGCGGCUGAUUCUGCUGCUACACGCCCAGAGGUGCCAGACAAGCGAUCAGCUCAGUAAGAAAAGCGGAGAGGCCCCCGUGUGCCAGCUGGCUACCUGCCGAGCCAUGAGAGACACCCUGGACCACAUCGCCACCUGUCGGGCUGGUGUGAACUGCAGCGUUGCACACUGUACCUCAUCCAAACAAAUCCUGGCGCACUGGAGGAACUGCAGCAAUCUGUACUGCCCGGUCUGCCUGCCACUCAAAACUGUCACCAAAAGGGAAGAGGUGGAUGCCGGGAUAGACUCCAUGCGGCACAGACUGAUCCGGCGCCAGCUGACCACGCUGCUUCACGCGCAGACGUGUCGGGAGCGGGGACAGAGCGGUGAUGUCACCGCCUGCCGGCUGCGCGGCUGUGGGACCAUCAGGAACGUGCUCACACACAUGGACAAGUGCCGGGAAGGGACCAACUGCCAGGUUACGUACUGUGCGUCCUCCACACAAAUCCUUUCCCACUGGAAAAGUUGCCGAAGACACCGAUGCCCUGUCUGUCAACCUCUCCGUGACCGAACGAAGGGAAAGACUUUCCAUGGACCUGAAGUUACAGGUCCUUCCCACAAGUGACGAUGCUGUUGGUGCGAAGCCCUGAAUAACU